CAGAAAGAUAAAAUGCGCCUUUCUCCGCCACGGCACCUCCCUGCCCCUGGUGUCCUUUUGCGGUGCGCUGUGAAACUUGUGAAACUUCUCUUCACCUGCAGUGCCACGCUGUCUUCACUCAAGACUGGGUACGCUCUAAACCUGGUUUCCCGCAGUAUUUUCAGCUCCAGUUCGUCGUCCUGGUUCCCGCUUUUUCCGGAUCGACAGGAGGACGCGAGUCACGUUCAAGAAGGAGGCGGAGUUCCUGCACAGGAGGAAACUACACAAAAUGACGUUGUCUCCUCGAAACCGCCCGCAGUGCCAUCGUCCCCGGUGCCUGGACAAGGUGAAGAAGAUGAAACUUUUUUAUGCGACAUAUUAAACAUGAUCACAGACCACGACAAUACAAGUAGCGACCUUGCUUGUUCACCAGCAUUAACACCUUCAUCUCGAAACAUACUUCUACCGCCAAAGCGUAGCAGAGAUGAAGAGGCGGAGGACAGAAGUCCGGACACGACCCACCGUCGUCGUCAUGAUAAUUGCAGAGAAGAUGAAAUUGCGUCACAAGAAUUUGGCAAUCCACGUGGAACUGCUUCUAUCCGGGACAAUGAAUUUGUGCGUGAACGUGAAGUAGAUCCAGAUCGCUUCCAGCUGGCAGAAAAUAAGACUGAGAAUAAAUCAAAGGAAAAAAUACAACCAGAAGAUACCACGUGGGUCCUAGUGGAAAUCUUCAAUGCGGCGGGCGACAAGAUCGUUUACAACGACCAAGAGGGUAGAAAUAAAAGUUUGGUUGUGCAAAAUCUUUUCCCCAAAUCGCACCUCGUGAUCGGUGGGGCGGACGACUGGGAGGACAGACAAAGAGGCACUGGAACAAGCGAAUUUGUUAAGAAUUCCAACGAUUGGCCGCUUUAUAAGGUGCACGACGCCGUGACUGGGUUGUUGGGGACUACAGCAUCUUCGGACCACGCUACAACAACUUUCGGCAUGCGACAAACUACAUCAAGAGACGGCGGUUACAACUGGCACCUGCUUACCUUUCCCUCACCCCCACGGCGGAGCUGCAGCACAACAAAGGUAACAAAUCACGACGCCACUCGUGCUGCGAGGUUCAUCUCCACAUCGGAAGAUGUUGAGUCACCUGGUGUACUAACACAAGAACCUCCUCCGCCGAAGAAGCUUUCGCCCAACACGAGGUUCUUCAGGAGAAGUAGUACUUGUAGCAAGGAGGAGUAUAAUGAUGUCCAAGAAAGAACUCGUCCCACCGGCCCGUCGAAUUAUGGCGCUGCUCCGGAGCUGCUUAUUUCCCGCGGGGGGCCCCUUGCUCGUCGUCCGGGUGUAUCUGUAUUGCUAGCCGAGGAAGUAUUGGAUCAGUUACUGGUGCCGGUAAAUGUCGCUACUGUAGCCGAAGAAGAUCAAAAAUACCUUCUGAGAAAUUGCUCUGAGAGAAACAAUAGGCCCUCAUCUUCAACCUCAUCUGCGCAGUUAUGCUCUACUGUGUCACCCGCAGCAGCAGUACGUAGACAUGCUAGUAGAAGGCGUCACUGUAACUCCGUCUGGUGUGCGGGAAAAGAGGCCCGCCACGCACCUCCUCCGCCUCCAAAAAGUCCGGUACCCGACCGCGAACCGAGUCCUUCCGUUUAUCGAGGCGCUGGAAAAGUUUCAAAACGAGGUUCUGCAUGA